AUGGAUAUCCGUGGAAGUUCAUCUAUGUGCGCGGAAGUCUGUAUGGUUUUUGGUUGGAUAAUAGCUGUAAUGUUGAUUUCUGGUGCGGAUAGCUGUAUCGUGGAAACGUUGAUGGAAGAGUCUUCAUGGUGUUUGGAGAUAAAGUAA